UAAGGAACCUGGAGAGCUAAAAAUACCAUCCUUAGAAGUCAGAAAUGAAUUAGACCUUUGGAUCAGUUUUUGAAAGUUUGUAAAGUUUCAUCAGGAGAAAACUGUUUAUCAGAUCUGAAAGAUUUUCAUCCAGCACACUUUUUGGCCUUGAUAUUGCAGUUUUUUUUUUUUUUUUUUACAUAUUUAGCUUGUAUUUAUUAAUAAUUUUACAACUGCAAUCAUGGGAGCAGCUGGUUAUGGAUAUCACCGCACGGUUAUAUUCAUCUCAAUGUUUGUGGGGUACAUGCUGUAUUACUUCAACCGAAAGACUUUCUCCAAAGCAAUUCAUUUCAGAACUUUUUGUUCAUCACAGAAUCUUGAAAAAUGUUUCACAUGGUUUGACCGGUCUCAGUUUGGGACGUGGUGGGCCAUCCUGACUGCAAGUAGUCUGGGACUCAUCAUCACUACAGUGCUGGUUCAGUUCAUUGAGCCUGGCUCUAAAAAGGGCAAAGGGAAAAAGGGAGGCCCUAAUGAUGAAAGCAGUCUAAAAGAGUUCCUGCUGUCUCCUUAUGUUUGGGUGCUGUCUGCUGGCUAUCUGGUUGUGUUUAGAGUAAAGAUCGCCUGCACUGACUGGGGUCAGCUGUUCCUCAUGCAGGAAAAAGGCCAGUCUGCUAUGAUGGGUGACUCAUACAUGAGUGCCCUGGAAGUCGGUGGGUUUUUUGGCAGCAUUGGAGCUGGUUAUCUGUCUGACAGGGCUGUGGCUAGGAUUAUGUCAUCUGUUAAACGGUGCUUUAUUGUGUUGGUUAAAUCAUCAUGUGUGGUUUCUCAGGAAGCACCACUAUGGGUUUUGGCACUCCAUCCAGUUUCAGUCCUCACUGGUGUCUCAGAGAAAGAGCUUUGAAUUAUUAUUCUUGGUGCUGCAUUUGGAUUUUCCUCCUACAGACCAAUUGCCUUUUUUGGGCUGAUUGCAAGUGAAAGCACCCCCUCCAAUUACUGUGGGACAUCACAUGCCAUUGUAGCUCUGAUGGCAAGUGUUGGUGCAUUCAUUGCUGGCCUGCCAUUCAGCACCAUUGCCAAACGGUACAGCUGGGACACGGCAUUCUGGGUAGCAGAGGUCACCUGCGCUGUAACAACAGUUUGUUUCUUCUUUGUGCGUAACAUGUGAACAAAAAUGGGCCUCGUGGCUAAAAAGAUGGACUAA